AUGGGUAGAAGAAAGAUUGAAAUAGAACCAUUGACAGACGAUAGAAACCGUACGGUGACUUUUGUGAAGCGUAAGGCAGGGUUAUUUAAAAAAGCUCAUGAAUUAGCAGUACUUUGCCAAGUUGAUUUAACCGUUAUCAUUGUUGGAAGUAAUAAUAAAGUAUAUGAAUAUUCUACUGUGGAGGCAAAUGAGAUUUUUAAUGCCUACAAUAAAACCCUUAAAGUCAGAAAGCAAUUACAUGAAUCAAAAUCUCCAGAAAACUAUUCGAAAUUCAGAAAGAAACGACAUUUACAUGAACCACUAACUAACAAAUCAGGUUCUAUAGUUGGCACUAAUACACAUUUAAAUGAUGAAGACUAUGAUCACAAUGUUCAUGAAGCAGGAGACGAAGAUUCGGAAUAUGACAGUGAUGAUAAUUCUCCACAACCCAAACGACACAAAAGAUCAGAAUCGCUUAAAAAAGAUCAAAACCCCAAAGUGUUUAAUAGUACCCAACCCCCACCACCGCCUCCACCACCUCAUAUAUCUCUUAAUAAUGUCCCAACAUUUACCAAUCCCAAAAAAUACAAAAAACUGAUUGAUGAAACAAAUAAUAAUUUGGCACCGCCCCCUAUUGGGACAAAAGACGAACUAACGGUACAACGACCAGUAUUGAGAGUACAAAUACCGAUUGAUGCCAAAAGCAACAAGAAUAAUCCCCAUAGUGGUGUUAAUAAUAGUGAUGGCAAAGACACAGCAAGAACAGUGACGGCAAUCGAGAAUAGUGCAACCAAUCAAAACACCCAAUCAAGCAAUACAACAUCAGGUACAGGAGUUGCUGAUACGAAUUCAUCACAUGUAAGUUCAAAUGGUAAUAGUAAUUUAGUUCCAGGAAAUGUUCCAAAUACUAGGUUUUCCGGAUAUUCGUCAUUUCGAUCACCAGAUUCUCGAAGACCAACUCUACCGUUACCUUUACAAACGAAAUCACAAACAUCAUCUCCAGCUAGUGCUGCUGCACCGGGACUACCGUUAACAGGGGGAAGCAAUGCAUAUUUUGCUGGAAUGCAACAAUCACCUCUGGGCAGUUCCUAUGCCAACUAUCCUGCGCAAGUGUACCAACAGUAUCAACAGUUCCAAAAUCAGCUUCAAGAACAGCAGCAACAACAUCAACAUCAACAACAGCAACAGCAACAGCAACAGCAACGACAACCACCACAACCAGUCGGAACCCAAAAUUCACAAUUGGAAUCAGCUGUACGAUUCCGUUCUGGUUUACCAACGGGGGUACAAUUUAACGGAGAACAAACUCCAAUUUCAGGAUUACCAUCACGAUACGUUAACGAUAUGUUCCCCUUCCCAUCACCUUCAAACUUUCUUGCUCCUCAAGAUUGGCCAUCUGGUAUAACACCAACUACUCAUAUACCACAGUAUUUUGUGAAUAUGCCCUUGAGUGGUAUUGGACCACAGCAGCAGCAGCCACAGCAAGCUCAACAGCAACAACAAGUACCUGUUGUGGCCACACCAACACAAACACAAACAGGACAACAGAUGGCUUCAGUAACCAAUUACAAAUCAGCUAAUCCUCCAAUACCAGGGUUUUUCCAAAACCCAACACAAGCCACUACAACUAGCAAUGCCACAAAUGUCUCUAGAUUGAGUGACGUUGGUGAUGGCACUAAUCCAACCACAGCAGGAAGUGGAGGUUCAACAGAUGUCAAUAACCUCAACAAUGGACCUAAUAAGAAUACAUAA